GAGGAUGCAAGAUAACGGCCAGUACUCCUUGACUUGUUUGAACAACGCAAAUUAUCACCGGUUGUUUAAACAAAAAUUUCAACUGUCCAAUAAGGUCCAGUAAUACGAGGCAAAUUUAUUCCGAAAAAAACAGGCGCAAUCCAUAUCUGAAGUACAAAGGCGAACAAAAUCGUUAUCAUGGUGCCAUGUUAUUUCGCCCGUUUAGAGCUAACGCCUUGGAAACCUAACGGGCGUGUAUGUUCCACCUUUUACUGAUUCCACACUGCACUUCCAGCAUUUAUAGAGACUUCUCAAGGGCAUGUGUUGCAACUUGCAAUACGAAAAUGAACAAGGUGGUUGUGAAAUUUUUGAAUUGACAACAUCCCUUACCAGUGCGAAAUCGUAGCUGCUGCAAAGCGGAUAUAGAAAAGUUUGUCCGAGCUCUUUAUUCGUUGGGAGUGGAUCCUGAGUCCUGACAUCUCAGUAAACUUGGCCCUUACAAGCCAUCGCCCGCCAUUCAUUUCCGUCAGCUUUCAUUCCGGAUUUCUAAACUCGAAUACAUUUUCAACACUGAUGCGAAAUGGGUGACUUCCAUGAAAAGUUUUUGUAUCACUACACCAACGAAUAUGCAUACCGGAAAAUUUUGCGUGAGAAAACUCUAUUGAAAUCUUCAAAAGAUCGUGACGGGACAAAUCACUGCUACGGGGAUGGUGUCUACCUAACUUCGCUUCAACCUGAAACUGGGCGUGGUAAAAUAAAAAAAAAUAAUCUGGAUGGGGUUGCUCAUAUGCCAAAAUUUGCCGACAAGACACAAGAAUGCUAUUUCAAGUUCGACAAGAGAAACCUUCCUGGCGUGAUAUGUGUCAAAAGGAAAGAAGGUCGAGAUGUUUGGCGUUUUCCUAAUGACAUCAACCUAAGCCAGAUAUCAUUUUACCAUGGAUAUACUGAUAAGUCUGAUUCUGAGACAUAUCAACAGAAUAACUCGUCCACUACGUACGCUGAAAUGUCAACUUCAACCACUGAAGGCUGGACAUCGGAUUUGUAUGAUUACGAAGGACGUAGUUUGGCACGCACCAAUAGAUUUUCAGAAUCUGCUUCUGGAAGCCGUUACCAGCCAGAGAGAUCUUUCGGUCGUUCACGUGGAAAUGACGUUUAUGGAUCUUCUCAGCAACAGCAGGAACCGGAAACUUCUGGAUUGGGAUUUAUAGCUGGAACAGCCGCCGUUUUAGCUAUUGGAGCAGCUGCUUUGGGUCUUUUUGCUGCAUCCCGUCCAGCCAAUCGAAAUAACUAAUAAUCACACUACAAGACGAAAGAUGUAUUCUUAUUGCUUAUCUUUGGUUGUUAUUCUUAAAACAUUGCUACACACAUUAUAUAAGUUCUCUGUAUUGGUUUUUAUGGUGUUAUUUGGCUAUACAAAGGUUUUCUAUAUAGUAAAACAUUUUUUGGCAAACUUAACCAGUAUAUUUGAUUUGAAAGUAAGUGCAGUUAUCAAUUUCACAAGCCCGGCUAGCUCAGUCGGUAGAGCAUGAGACUCUUAAUCUCAGGGUCGUGGGUUCGAGCCCCACGUUGGGCGGCAAUUUUUUCAAUUAAUAUUACUUACACAUUUAUUGCAUUUCGUAAUAAAGAAAAUCAAAGCUCUA